AUGACUUGUCAGGGGUUUUUGUCGCCGGAAAUGAACUACAGCUGUGCCGACUGGAGUAAAGGCACAGGGGAGAGCGAGACCGCAAAAGUCACCGGGUGUCGGGUUACCGCGACUACGCUGUCUACCGAACAAAAAGUCUUGUUUGAAGAGCGGGUUAAAGCAGAAGGCCUAGAGGAUAGGAUCGAAGUCAAGUUAUGUGAUUACCGCAGCACGCCUCGACCCGCGGGCGGAUACGAUCGAAUCAUCAGCAUUGAGAUGUUAGACGUAGGCCGAAAACAUCUCCGCCAUUCACCAUCUUUUGAGGUCGGGGGCGGAAGGGCAGUGGUGCAGGGGAUUACGAUGGUGAAUAAGUUCCACACUUUCCGCAACAAAUCCGACAACUUCAUCGACCGGUAUAUCUUCCCAGGGGGCUACCUCCCCUCUAUCCCGUAUCUCCUCUCCUGCAUUGACGUCGGGUCUUCCAGUCAUCUGGAAGUCGAAUCCGUGAGUUCCAUUGGCGAGAAGUUUGAUCAGAAUUGGGAGAGGAUAAAAGAGGCGAUGGUGAGGGGGAAGGGGGGCAGGUGGGGUGAGUGGGAACUGGAGGAUUUUAGGCGGCGGUGGAAGUACUACUUCCUCUACUGUGAAGCCGGAUUCCGAGCUGGAGUUCUAGGUGGCCAUGUUUAUCUCUGCUGUGCGUAG